AAUAAAAUUUAAAAAUACCUGGAAUUAAAAAAUAAAAUUAAGAAUUUUCAGAAUAUGCAAAAAAGGAAAUAAAUAGAGAUAGAGAGAGAAAAUACACACACAAAAAUUAUAAUAAUAAGAUGACGAGCGUUAAUAAUAGUGUAAACUCAUUCUUUGGCCUUCCUCCUCCCUUGGAGGAAGACCACUUCUCUCAAACAUUCCAUCAAACACUUGGUGGCUCUCCGCCGCCACCACCGCGUAAUCUCACCCUCACCUUCAAUAAUAACAAUAAAGACAAUCUCUUUAAACCCAUUAAACACCACACCGAGUCGUCGGCGAAUUUUGCCGGCGAACUCACCGAAGAUAUCGCCGGGGAUUUGAGAAAUUCCGGACAAAUCGGGCUCAUGUCGUGCACGGAGAGCCUUGGAUUUGAGAGCUCCGACGACAUACCGACAUCUAGUUUAGACGAUCUCGGUCGGGGUUGUAGUAAUAAUGAUGAUAAAAGUAAUCAAGAAUCAUCUUCAUCGUCGUCGUCGGCAAGAUGUUUAAUCAGGAGGAGAGAUAAAGGGGUGGCGAACAGAUGGGAGGAGAGGAGGUUUCCUCCGCCGUUAACGUCGUUGAGUGAUAAGGGGAGGCGGAAUUUUACGUUGAAUUCGGUACGGACUAAUGGUAGAUUGGAGAUUUUUGGGGUAAUGAUUGAACACCCAGAAAUUCUUUGCGCCACCCGGGAAAACGGGCGGCUUAGAAUGCAUCUCGUCAAAACUCCCGUUAUUUCCGAUGACGAAGAAUCAGAAGAGGAGGAUGAGGCGGUGGAAGCUAGGGUGGAAGAGGAAGAGGAUGAGGUAGAGGAGGAUGAAGAGGGGGAGGUGGAGAGAGAAUGGAGGAGAACGCCGUCGGCGGCGGGAAUGCGACGGUGUUAUCAUCAUCAGCGUCUGAUGCACGUGUGGGGUCCGCAGCAAAAUAGAUUUGUGACGACCAUGUGAUGUUAUGGUGGGGAAGCGAAGCAGAGGAUUAGAUCAGUGUUAACUGUUAAGGGGAUUUUGGGGAUGAACGCGUAUUGAGUUUUGACCGCUGAUUUUGGCGGUUAAAGAAGAGGGUGGUUUCCAACGGUCGAAUUGGCAGGAGUUAUAUUAGACCCCAUUAUUACUUGUAGUAUUUUUUCUUUUUGUUAAAUUAUGAAUUUUUUUGCUCCAUCGCUAAUAAUGAAAGAACGAAAGAAUGAAGAAUGAAUGAAAAUGUAAGCUACAUUUACAUGGUGUAGUUCCAUAAUCUUAAUAACAAGAUUAGAGUAACUUUUUUGAA